UGCAGCUGCAGUCAUGGAGUACAUGGCAGGGCCUGCGGCGCCCACCCAGGGAAACAUCCUCUGCUGCCAGUGUGGUAUGCCCAUUCCGCCCAACCCGGCCAACAUGUGUGUGGGGUGUCUGCGGGCCCAAGUGGACAUCACCGAGGGCAUCCCUAAGCAGGGCACCCUCCACUUCUGCAAGCAGUGCGAAAGGUAUCUUCAGCCUCCAGGAACCUGGAUCCAGUGUACCUUAGAAUCAAGAGAGCUUCUUGCUUUGUGUCUUAAAAAAAUUAAAGCUUCACUGAGCAAGGUCCGGCUGAUUGAUGCAGGCUUUAUUUGGACUGAACCUCAUUCUAAGAGGCUGAAGCUGAAAUUGACUGUUCAGAAAGAGGUGAUAAAUGGAGCAGUUCUUCAGCAAGUAUUUGUGGUGGAAUAUAUAGUGCAGUCUCAAAUGUGUGAAGACUGUCAUAGGAUUGAAGCUAAAGACUUCUGGAAAGCUGUAGUGCAAGUCAGACAAAAGACUCUGCAUAAGAAGACUUUCUACUACUUGGAGCAGCUGAUUUUAAAACACAGGCUUCAUCAAAAUACGCUUCGCAUCAAAGAAAUCCAUGAUGGCCUGGAUUUCUAUUAUUCUUCAAAGCAACAGGCCCAGAAGAUGGUAGACUUUCUUCAGUGUACCGUUCCAUGUAGAUCAAAGUCAUCCCAACGUUUGAUCUCACAUGAUAUUCAUAGUAAUGUCUACAAUUACAAAAGCACUUUCUCUGUGGAAAUAGUUCCAAUAUGCAAGGACAGUGUUGUAUGCCUGUCACCAAAACUGGCACAGAGCCUUGGGAACAUGAGCCAGAUCUGUGUGUGCAUUAGAGUAACAAGUACCAUUCACCUCAUCGAUCCUAGCACUCUGCAGAUUGCUGAAAUUGAUGGGAAUACCUACUGGCGCCACCCUUUCAAUAGCUUGUUCCAGCCCAAACAACUGGAGGAAUUUAUCAUUAUGGAUAUCAGUCGGGUUCAAGAAAAGAAAAAAGGUGCAGGUGCAGGAGCAAGAUCCAACAAGCACACGCUGGCUGAAGCCUGGGUACAGAAAACCUCGGAGUUGAAUACGGAUCAUCAGUAUUUCUGCUGUACCCACUUGGGGCACAUUCUGAAUCCCGGCGACCUUGUCUUAGGAUUCGACUUAGCGAACUGCAACUUAAAUGACGAGUUUGCCAAUAAGAUGAACCCACGCAAUAUUCCUGAUGUGGUACUAAUAAAGAAGAGCUAUGAUCGUACCAAACGCCAGCGUCGCAGAAACUGGAAGCUGAAAGAGCUGGAAAGGGACAGAGAAGGCAUGAAUACAGACGAUGAAAGACAAUACCAAGACUUCCUUGAAGAUCUCGAAGAAGAUGAAGCCAUAAGGAAGAAUGUCAACAUCUACAGAAAUGCAGAUGUUCCAGUGGAGAGUGACACGGAUGAGGAUGGUCCUCCACGAAUCAGUCUGGCUGAAAUGCUAGAGGAUCUCCAUAUCUCCGAGGAUGCCACUGGUGGAGAGGGAGCAAAUAUGAUGACAGAAUAAGAAUAGUGCAUUAGUCAAUGCAAUAAAUAUUCCCUUGCUAAGGAAAACAUACCUAAAACACAUAAACUGAUCACAUGAACAUGCAAAGUGAUGUGAUAACUACUGCUAUACCCCUAAGUAAUGGGCCUAAAUUAAUAUUUUAUAUAUAUCUUCUAGAAAAUCAGCAAUUUAAGUUAAAUUUCUGGUGCAGGCAUGGCAAUAUAAGCUCCACAUGCUCUUCCCUUCCCGGUGAGCUCUGUCCUUGAAACUUCAGCAGUGUAAAGGUCAGCUGACUAACAUCAGAGUUAUCCACUGGGAGUAAUCAGUUGUCUUAUGCUGAAGACAACUGAUAAAGAAGGAUGUCCAGAGAGAUUUCAUUCUUCCUUGCCAGAUUUGUAGGUAGGAUACCUACCUACUGUUUACUGCCUUAAUUUCUUCAUGUGGGAAGGAUUUUUCCUGUCUUAAUCUUUUUGGAACGAUGGUUGAAGCAUGUUAUGAUACAGAUUUUUUUUCCAUACAACAGUGUGUUGGGGAAGCUCAAAAAUGUAGCUUCUAUUCGUUCGGUGAAGGAACUCCUAAGUUCCAUGUUGUGUACACACAAAAAAACUUCCCUGUAGAUUGACAGAAGAUGCAGCCCUUGAUGAGAGAAAUUGGAGACUUCUGUUGAGUGUGAUGAAUGUUGUACUAUAUUCCAUGCCUGUAUGAGUGGAUUAAAGCAAUAUGCAUGAUGUCUAAUUAAUACAUCAGGCAUGAACUAUUAAAAAGCUCCAUAGAUA